UCUUUUCAACUAGUAUCAAAUUGCCCCGAUAAACCCAUUGCCAUCCGGAAACGCAGCGUUCGGUGCUUUACCCGUUGCGGCAUAAACCACUUGUGAGUUCGGAAAAUGUCUCCGGCCGGUAAACUGUGGUGGCUCUGCCGCUGUGUCGACGAGUCUCUGAGCCGCUACACAGAACCACACGCGUUCGUUUCAACGAGCAAAGAGAACGAGAAGGAAAUUCUAAUCGCUUCUUCUCAGGUCGUGAGGAAAAUUCAGCUGCGAAUUCGUGAAUUUGGUUCUUUAAGUAAAGAGCAAUCGUGCGGUUCAGAGAAGCAUUGUUCCGUCCAUCAAUGUCUACCGAAAAUUGUGACUAAAAUGGUGAAUUUGUUAGGCGUUGAAAAUGAAUUUGUUCAACACGUCGCGGGCAAUGCUCUUGUCUUAAUUUCAGAGUUCAUGUUUACGACAGGGAACAAUUGGGAUGAGUUCGUCAAUUUGUUAUGCUGUUCCUUUGAAAUGGCUUUUACUAGAAUGCUCCCGUGUUUGUCUGAAAAUAAUAACUUUGAUUCUCCUGAUGUUGAUUUUGCGCUGCAACAUGGGCUGAUGAGUUGUGGUUGGUCUACUGUGGCUGGUAUCAUUGGAGUGCUUCGUGUUAUAUGUAAACAUUUGAAGGAGGAUUAUGAUGAUGAACUUGUCAAAGUGUACUAUGACUCCGUUAAUUCUUGUCUUCUGAAAAUGCCUUGGAAUUUGUUGGAUGAGUGUUGGAGUUGUGACAGUGUUAGCACGAAGAAAAGCUUGCCGGUGAAUGAACUGCAUCUCAGUAAUUUGGGUGCCAUGGAUCCUGGAAUCAGAUUUCUUGGGACUUUUCUCCAGUUACUAUGCACUUUAGUUGACCGGAAUGAUUCUGUGGAAACUGGUUGUGAUUCUGCUGACAAACAUCCACUAUUUGUCACAGUAAUGAAUCUUAUACCUAGACUUGUAAAGUGGUGUCUCCGCAAGCAAGAAGACAAUUUUGAGACUUGCAUCAUCCAUUACAUGAAACAUAAAUUGCUGAUUCUGAUGAUCAGGGUUGGCUCACUCUCGUGUCUGGACUGUUCAGACUCUUUUUCUUGGCUUGAAAUCCUUCAUAACUACUUUCAAGAGCUUCUGCUACAACCUUUAACUCAAUUUGUGUCUGCUCAAUGUGAUUGUCUUGAAGGCUCUCCAUUUUUAUUGAGCUUGGCUGAUGGAGAAACAUAUGGGAUGUCUUCCAGCCAUCUACAAAGACAAGCUAUUUUCCUCUUACUGGAUUGUUCUAUCAGUUUGAUCAGUCAAAGAGGAUCAAAGGAAAACCACAGUGAUUGUUCGGCUUUAAGCUCAUAUUUUACCAAUAACCCAGAUCCAGAGUUUGAUCACUUUCACAUUAAAAAGGGAUUACUAGAGCUUUACAAGUGGAUUCAACAACAUCUUCCAAGUGAGGUCUCUAUCAACCGUGAAAACUACUCAGAGAUAUGUAUGAACUUCAUGUCAUCUUUUCUCCAGCUAUAUCUUCAUGAGGAUGAUCUAUUGUUUGAAGUGCUUUUGCAAUUGCUGAGCAUAUCAUCUUGUCUCCAGCAACUGUCUGGAAGAAAAGAUUUUGCAUACCAGGAUGUAAAGAGAGACCUUCAUUUUGAUCUGUGUGACAUUUUUAAUCCCGUGUACCUUUUCCAUCUGUUUCUUUCAGAGAUACACUAUGAUCAUCAAGUGCUUCUUGACUAUCUCAUUUCAAAAGAUACUGGAAUAAGCUGUGUUAAAUAUCUUCUAAGAUGCAUGCAUUUGAUAUGCAACUCAUGGAAAUUAUUUGUGGAAUUUCCAUUAUCUGGAGAACUUGUAAAUCAAUCAUCUUGCAAGAGAAGAAAACUUUCAGGGGAUGAUCUACAGUUUGUUGCUGAUGAAAUGCCUUCUUCAGCUGACAAUAAUGGCAGUAUUGAAUUGCAUAUCAAGAAUUUUAAGGAAGAUAAUGAAUAUGACUUCAAGCACCAUAACAUUGAACAAUUCAAGAAAGCUGCAGAAUGUUUACUAUCUUUAAAGAAUUCCAUUGGCAAUCUUCAUCAAAAGAGCCUGUUUCCCUAUAAUCCUGAAGUGCUUCUGAGACGUCUUGGAAGAUUUCAAGAGUUAUGCUGCCAGGAAAAGUUAUUCGACAGACAGAAACUUGAGUAAUUAACUAAACUACUAUCUUGUAUAACCCUGGAAGCUUGGCAAUCUUGUGAGUUUUAAUGGUUAUAGAAUAGAACUACAUAUUUGGUAGUGGUGGUAGCAUUGAUGGACAGAAAGGAGAGAAAUGACUGGUAGUAGUGUCCAUAUUCUUGGGUCACUCCAUAUGUCUUGAGUUUUCUAUGGAUCAGUUGAUCUAUAAUUAUAUGCCAUCUCUGAAGAGAGUUGGAUGAUUGAUAGCAUGGAUUGAUGGAUACCGCGUGCUUAGGGUCUGAAAUAGCGGGGUAGUACCUGGUUCCUAUCACUGUUUCCAUUUUUGAAGGGUGAGCAGUGCUCUAACUCGUUGGAGAUUAACCCAAAGAUUGAUCACUAGCUGGAGGGGUUGCAGAAUCAAAUCCGAAAGAGAUAAGUGUACAAAUUUUCAUAAAUUUAAUAUCAUUUGAGACUUAAUUUUUCAAAUUUAAGGAAGUGUAAGCUAGAAAAUUAGUUCCAAAAUACUUCCCAUGUGGCAUUUACUAAAUUUCUUAAAUUUAAUCUAACUGGACAAAUCCUGGCAGAAAACUUUACUUCAUCUACUCAAUUAUAGAUUUGGUGAAUUGAU